AUGUCUGGUAAGAAGGCCAUUGAGAAGGCUCCACAGGCCAAGGGCACUGAAGCUGAAGACAUUAUUGAGGAAUACCUCAGAGAGCAGUAUCGUCCUUUUGCCGUCAAUGAUAUCGUUCAGAAUCUGCAUAACAAGCUGACGAAAACGCAAGCUGUGAAAGCUUUGGAAAGCUUAGUGAAACAAGAACGCAUUACGUGUAAACUAUUUGGCAAGAUCGCCAUAUAUGUGUGUAACGAACAAGAACUAAGACCGGAAAGCCCUGGGGACCAUGCAGCAGAAGAUACUUCGUUAGAGGCACUCAUCCAAUUGAGGGAGGAGCUUGUUCAGAUUGAAAAGGACCGAAACGAGAGUUCGUCCCAUUUGCAGAACAUCCUGAAGAGGCCCACUAACGAAGAACUAACGGAAUUGCUCGAGGUUAGAACGAGAGAGAUCGCUCAGAUAGAAGAGCAUUUACAAGAAGUUGUGGACGGUUGGAGACCUGAAAACGACAGGAUUAUAAGCAUCAUAAGAGAAAACGAGCGAAAGAUACAGAAAGAAAUCGCCUCACGCAAACGAAUAUUGGAUUCUGCAGUAUCGUUAGUGAAAGAAGCUCUGGCGAUCAAAAAUAUAGACGAGCUCCUUGAGGGUUUGGGCAUCGAAAAAGUUGACUGA